GCGCGUCCGGGUGGCAAAGGCCGGAGGCGGUGGGAGAGCCGGUGGGGGGACUUCGAGGAGGAAACGGCAGCGGCGCCCCCACUGGGUCUUCCAGGCCAGGAGCACGGAUACCUGCGCAGCGCCGGGUUAAGGCGAGCGCACCAGCCGAGCUCUCCGCGGCGGAGCCCCCUGCCCAUUUGGUUUUGGCCAGUCAGCCAGAAUCUGCCCAUUGUCAGCUGAUGCAGAGUCACCCUGCCGUUCCUACUUUGAGGAGUUGCAGAGACACAUAUUCCAUUACGGAGGGCCACCUGCAGGCCUUCGGCGGCCAAGAUCCCUUGUGACGCAGCAAAUGCCCUGAACCCCUGGGAGGAAGAGGGCCCUCCUAUCACCUGUUGCUACAAUGCUGGCCGCCCGCCUCUCCAGAUCCCUGUCACAGCUCCCAGGAAAAACGCUAAGUGUCUAUGACAGAGAAAAUGGAGCAAGACACCCACUACUGUGUUGCCCUACUUCCUUUAUCCCAGUUGGUCGUCGGACUUAUGCCAGUGAGGUGAACCCGGUUGGCAGCAAAGCUGUCCUGGUCACAGGCUGUGACUCUGGAUUUGGGUUCUCUUUGGCCAAGCAUCUGCAUUCAAAAGGCUUCCUUGUGUUUGCUGGCUGCUUGAUGAAGGACAAAGGGCAUGAUGGAGUCAAGGAGCUGGACAGCCUGAACAGUGACCGACUGAGAACCCUCCAGCUCAAUGUCUGCAGCAACGAGGAGGUGGAGAAAGCAGUGGAGCUGGUCCACUCGAGCCUGAAGGAUCCUGAGAAAGGGAUGUGGGGCCUGGUUAACAACGCGGGCAUCUCAACAUUCGGGGAGGUGGAAUUCACCAGCAUGGAGACCUACAAGGCGGUGGCGGAAGUGAACCUCUGGGGAACAGUGCGGAUGACUAAAUCCUUUCUCCCCCUCAUCCGAAGGGCUAAAGGCCGCGUGGUCAAUAUCAGCAGCAUGCUGGGCCGCAUGGCCAACCCAGCCCGCUCCCCAUACUGCAUCACCAAGUUCGGGGUAGAGGCUUUCUCUGACUGCCUGCGCUACGAGAUGCACCCACUGGGUGUGAAGGUCAGUGUGGUGGAACCCGGCAACUUCAUCGCCGCCACCAGCCUUUACAGCCCCGAGAGCAUCCAGGCCAUCGCCAGGAAGAUGUGGGACGAGCUGCCCGAGGUCGUGCGUAAGGACUAUGGCAAGAAGUACUUCGAUGAAAAGAUUGCCAAGAUGGAGACUUACUGUAACAGUGGCUCCACGGACACGUCCCCUGUCAUUGAUGCUGUCACACACGCCCUGACUGCUACUACCCCCUACACCCGUUACCACCCCAUGGAUUACUAUUGGUGGCUGCGAAUGCAGAUCAUGACUCACCUGCCUGGGGCAGUGUCCGACAUGAUCUACAUACACUGAAGAGUUUCACUGUGGCCUCUGUUGAGGACCAGUGGGGGUGGGGGUAGGGAGGAGCUCACAUAGUCAACUCUUGAUUAUCUACUUUGGACUGUCCACUGUCCAGGAGGACCUAUUACUUGAUGUAACAUCGGCCAGAGGGAAUAACUCAACCUGACUUGGUUGCAUAGUGAGUGACUUCACAAAUGGGGUAUGUAAGCCCCUAAACCUCAGGGCAAACAUGGUGCAUCUAUCUGGAGUUGAUUUCAUAUACAGAUUUGGGGGAAAACAUCAUUAUGUUAAAAGCAGAUUUGUUAUAGAAUAUAAUCCAAAUUCCUUUACAUCUUUAAGCCAAAAUAUCAGUUCAAAAAUUUUUAUCAUUUGAUCCUUUAGCCAGCCUCAUAAGUAAAAAAGACAGAUUUUUUUUUCUUUUGCACAUGAGGAAUUUGCAGUUCCAAGAGGAUACAUGAAAUAACCCUCUUAUUGCUUAUAUACGGUUCAAGUCAUGUGUUCCUCCCAGUGCUGUAGAAACACUUCAUGUUUUGCAUUCCAGGGUUGCUCUCGAUCCAUUUUCCAAGAAUCCGCUGACUAACUCUGUGUCCUGGUCCAAGCCAUGCAUCCUAAGUGCCCACUGCAUACUCCCGCUAUGGUGACUGGCCGGUGCUGUAUGACUGGCCAGCGGCAGCCAGUGAUUCAAAGCUGGCUAUGUGGAGGGUGGUGGGAAUCAUUCUGGAGGUUUCUAUUUGAGAUUUCUCCAGGCUCUUUUGAGACUUAGGAUAGACUUGUGUGGAGAUGCUCUUUGGCUAAGAAGGCAGGUUGUUUCUGGUUUGGGUCUGCUUGCUUUUGUCUGGGUGAGGCCAGUGUCAAUGGGGCAGGCUUGCAGGAACAGCAAAGCCCUCAGAGGUGGGUCUGGGUUCCUUGUUGGUCUUACAUGGUGCUUACACACACACACACACACACACACACACACACACACUCACACACACACUCACACACGCACCCUGUUCUGCUGGGCUUCCAGGUGACCUUCAGUGAUGGCUCACCUUCCUCCUGUGGCCUUAUUUUUAACUAAGAAGCCAGGCCACUAUUAGGCAGUCUGCAUGAGCCCUUCUAGGGUUUGGGUUUGCAGGCUUCCAUUCUUGCAAUUACCCAGGGUCUGAUGCUUGAACCAAAACCAGGCAUCACCGUCUUCCAGGUGGCUUUAGGCCUAGGGCAGAGUCCCAAGUGCCAGCUUUACAAAUCAAACUAGCAUUUCUGCCUCUCCCUGAAAGGGCUAGGCCUGCCGCUAGAGGGCGCCCUCCUCCUCCGCAGGCGGAGUUGGCCGCCUAUGCCCCAAACUCGGGCGCUUCCUCUCAAAUUUGAGGUUUCUCCAAGGGUUUGGGAUUCCCACCGGAUAAACUGCCUGGGAACACAAAAGCAAGGCCCCUAGAAAGCAGCGUUCCCCCUCGUCUAACAGCUGCCUGGCUCGAACCUGGAGUCUAGCGCAAGGAGAAGGCAGAAGAACACGGGCAGCUGGACAGGCAAUGAAGUUCAGGCAGUGCCAAGGAAAGGGGUCUCACAAUGAGCAGAUUCAGCUUGCCUUCUGGGCCUUUGUCCCUCUGUCUUCACACAGGGAUGCCCUGUCCCAGCUCCUUGUCUGCAGGGUGAGAUCCAGAGUGUCUAGAGGCAGGGAGGGGGAGGCCGGCAGGAGCCAUUGUGUUUACAUAACAACACUAAGAUGCUUUCGUACCACAAAGCUUGGACCCUUUUAGAACUGCAUUUUUACAUUGUGGAAGAAUUUGUUUUCAUGCUUGAUUUUAAUAAAGGAAAACAGAUGUGGCA